AUGAGCCGACGAUUGUCGUCCUAUGGCUCAGACGACAUCCGCGCUUCGGUUUCGGCCGCCGCUGCCGCUGCUAGUUCACCCCCUCAGCAGCAGACCGCAGCAGCGGAGAGCUUCAAGCCUGUUCCGCCAAGCAACCACUACGCUGGCAACGUUUCGGACUGUCCAUUUUUCGACAUUGUGAAGCCGUCCUUGAAGAUUGCCAGUGCAAACAUUGUGCAGGAUAUCUGCGAAGUGAAAGGCAACAACAAGAAGGAGGGCUUCGAGUACGAGACCUUUUUUCAAGAGCAAAUUAUGAAAAAGAAAAAGGAUCACAGCUAUCGGGUGUUUAAAAAAGUGGCUCGCGAUGCGAAAAACUUUCCCUACGCUAGCGAGUUUAGCGAUGGCAAAAAGGACAUCAAAGUGUGGUGCAGCAACGAUUACAUGGGAAUCACAACUCAUCCCGAAGUUAAAAAGGCCAUCAUCGAUGCUGUAGAAACCUUUGGUUCCGGCAGUGGAGGAACUCGAAACAUUUCCGGAAACACUCCUUGUCAUUAUGAAUUGGAAGACGAACUGGCCAAAUUGCACCAAAAACAAGCUGCUCUUGUCUUUACCUCCUGUUUUGUGGCUAAUGAUUCAACGCUGUACACUCUUGCCAAACUGCUGCCAGGGUGCCAUAUAUUCUCUGAUGCCGGAAACCACGCUUCGAUGAUCCAUGGCAUACGUAACAGCGGUGUACCCAAGCACAUUUUUCGCACCUGCGAUCCAGUCCACUUGGAGUCGAUGCUGAAAACUGUAGACUACUCUUUGCCAAAAAUUGUUGCUUUUGAGACUGUUCAUUCCAUGUCAGGUGACAUCGGACCUGUGAAAGAGCUGUGCGAUGUUGCCCACAAGUACAAUGCAAUUACCUUCGUCGAUGAAGUGCACGCUGUUGGACUGUACGGCAAGCACGGUGCUGGCAUUGCUGAAAGAGACGGGGUAGCUCACAGCAUUGACAUUGUUUCGGGUACACUGGGCAAGGCGUUCGGCAAUGUGGGUGGCUACAUUGCCAGCACCAAACCACUCGUGGACAUGAUUCGAAGCUAUGCUGCUGGCUUCAUCUUCACUACUUCGUUGCCUCCAACAGUACUUCGGGGGGCUCUCACUGCAAUCAGGAUUCUCCGCGGCAAAGAAGGACAAAUGUUGCGAGAGGCGCACCAGAAGAAGGUGGACUACUUCAAGAUGCGCCUAAAGGAGGAGGGCAUUCCCCAGAUGCCUAGCAAGAGUCACAUUAUACCCAUUCCAAUUGGCAAUCCCUGGCUGAGCAACUGGAUCAGUAAUGAACUGCUCACUCGUUAUGGCCACUACGUGCAGGCCAUCAAUUACCCUACUGUCGGCAAGGGCGAAGAGCGACUUCGCAUCGCCCCUUCACCGCUGCACUCCUUUGAGAUGAUCGACGAGUUUCUAGACCACUUUGUGCAGGUCUGGAGAAGAAGCGGCCUGCCCAUGUACGAAGAUCGAGUGGUCGCCAGCUCCGUCUGUGGACACUGCCACCAGUCCUGGGACAUUUCCCCUGACGCCUUCCCCUGUGGUCCAAAGGCCGACUGUCCACUGUACGCCUGUUAG